AUGGACCCAGCCCUAGUCGAUCUUGACGUCUAUCUCGCCGACCCAACAUGCGCUGCGGCACAGGCAGAAGCCCAACGCGCGGCCGAGUCAUUAAUCCUGACGGGUGCGCUGGUCGUCCGCGACUCGCGCGCGCCAAAGGAGGCGAAUGACCGCUUCCUCGACCUCUUCGAGGACUACUUUGCACAGCCCGACGAUGUACUGCGCACAGACGAACGGCCUGAGCUGGGAUACCAAGUCGGCGUGACCCUCGAGAACACGGAGAAGCCAAAGUGCGGGCGCGAUGAUGAGUGUUUAGCAGUCAUAGCGGCACUCGACCCCGCCGAGCGGCCCCUCGACCUCAGCGGGCACGCGGCUGACCCCAAGUGCCGGUUCUUCCACCGCAUGACGGAGAGACCACCGUACGAGUCCAAGUUCCCGUACUCGACCGCGCCGAAUGUCGUCCCGGCCGCUAUGGAGGGUUGGGAGACGCGCGUCGAUGAGUGGGGCACACACAUUAAGGAGGCCGUCGAGGGUGUGGCGCGCAUGGUUGCUGUCGGUCUUGGGCUCGAGGAGCGCACUUUCCUCGAUGCGGGCCGGUAUGGUUCACACCUACUCGCUCCCACUGCUACUGACCUCGAAAAGUAUGGCGAGCUCAACACCAUCUUCGCUGGCUUCCACACGGACCUCAACUUCCUCACCAUCCACGGACAGUCGCGAUACCCCGGAUUAAACAUAUGGGCGCGCAACACGGGGAAGCGUAUUCCUGCUCGGGUGCCUGAGGGCUGCCUGCUCGUACAAGCGGGCAAGCAGUUGGAGUGGCUCAGCGGCGGCCUCAUCAAGGCGGGUUUCCACGAGGUUAUCUGUAACGAGGCGACUCUGGCUGCUCUCAAGCGCCGCAAGGCGUCCCACCCCGACCGCCCCCAUAUCCGUAUCUCGUCCACCUUUUUCUGGCACCUCACACCUGACUUUCGCCUCGAGCCGAUGCCCGAUCUCACGGAGCGCGCCGAGAAGCGCUUCGGCCCACAGAAGGAGUACGGGGCGAUGCUCGUCGGCGACCAGGUCCGACAGGAGCUGGGCCUCAUCGCGCUCAUGUCGUAA